AACACAGAUUCUGAUUGCAUCAACGAUCACGUCUUAAUUUUUGUUUGUUGAAAAUUCGCUUUUAAAAUGAAGUGUCUAUAAAAUUCGCUCAGUAUUAUGAUUAUAAGUAUAAUUCUUUUUCAAAAAAAAAAGAAAAAAAAUGCUCGACUCGUGUUUUACUAAAGUUUGACAAUUUGGACCGUUGAAGCGUUGCCAUCAUUCGUUUGAGGGGGAUGUAAAUAUUGAUUUUUCCCACCGAGACAGUGAAAUCCCGACGAAUAUGAAUAGCUAUGCAGACAUGAGUAGCUAGUGUAAAUCAAGUGUGAACGAAUGCAUUCUCGAAAUUGAUGGCAAGCAAUCGUGUUUUUAACAGUGAUAAGAUUGUCUGUAAUGACUCGUCUUUGGAAAACGAAUUGAUAACAUAUGUGAUAAGUUCCAAAAGAGAAGCAAACGAAAGGGAAAAACAACCAAAUGAAUUUAGAAUUUAAUUUCAAAAAAUGGCGGUGAAUAUGCUAAACAAUACACAAACAGAUACAGAUGCAAACGAGAUAAAUUUUACCGCUUUCACUGAUCUUUGUCGAUUCUGUUCGCUCCGUCACGGGGCUAAAAUCAAUUUAUUCGAUAAGGAAGCCGAACAACGACAAAUUCUGUAUAAAGUGCGCUCAUUCCUUCCCGUAGCGAUAUCGAAAGACGAUUUUCUGCCAAAAAAGAUUUGUGAACGGUGCAUACUGCGAUUGGAACAAUUUUAUGAGUGGAAAGCAAUAUGUGUGCAGAGCGAUACAGUUCUUCGAAACUAUUCUGAUUCAAUGCGAGCCGUUACAGCGACAAUCAACUUUCAGGACGGAACAGUGAACGUAGAUAAAAUGACAACCGAACAAAAGAAUUCAUAUUUGGAAGCACAUAUGGAGGUGCAACAGCACAUGCAUCAGGUUUCGAUGCAAUUAAAUAAGCAAGCACAGAAUCAUUCCACGUCUAAUAAUCAAAAUAUGGUAAAUAAUCAAAGUCACAGUGCAUCGCAUCAAAGCAGUUCCGUUAAUAUUCCAAAUCCGUAUUUGAACUCGAACCCAAUCAAGGGACCGUCGACCACCUCAUCGUCGGGCGUCGAAAACACAUUUACCGUUCCUGACGAUGUUGGCAUGGGGUAUGAAAGUGGCGUUCGUGUCCUGCAAAGUUUAGGCAAUUGGUCACCCGAUAUCCCACCAAACGUUCCACGACCAAAUCUAAUCCCAUUCAUUGAACCGUAUAUUGAAGGUGGAUCAAUGCAUCCGGCUAGCAGGCUUAAAGCACUGCAACAAGUUCAACAAGCAUCGCAAAAUACACGGAAACCAUCCAAAACGUCAUCAAAUAAAGCAUUUGAAUGCACAGUCUGUGGCAAAGCACUGGCUCGAAAAGACAAAUUAACAAUCCAUAUGAGAAUCCAUACCGGCGAAAAACCAUAUAUCUGCGAGGUGUGCGAUAAAGCGUUUGCACGUCGCGACAAGUUAGUUAUUCACAUGAACAAAUUCAAACAUGUAACGCCGACCAAUAUAGCGCCGUUAGGGAAGCGGCUCAAUAACUUGAGUGCUGAAGAUAUAAAAAAGAAACCUGGAAACAAUGAGAAUAAACAGAACUUGAUGCAUUUGCAUCAAGAUUCUGCCGGGAAUAAUCUCUUGCACGGUGGCAUGCACAAUCAACAAUCACUAAACCAGCAAGCAAACAAUGGGUCUAUACAAGGUCAUGGUACAAAUCAGCCGCUAUCUUGGACAUGUGAAUUGUGCGGAAGAAUGUUCGGGACACGAGAUGAAUGGUCGAUCCAUGCAAAAAGCCAUUUAGAGUAUUGACAUGAGGGAAAAAGUAGCUCGAUAGCAGAAGCUACGAAAACAAAGACAUCAUCGAAUAUUAAGUGUGAAUUCAAUUCACCAGACGAUGCACGUGAACUUCCACAGACGCCAUCUUCAGCAGCUGGCUCCAAUAAUUCUCAAUCGCAAAAUAUUUCAAUUAUCCCAUUGAACACAACCAAUUACUGUUUCAUAUGCCAGAAAAACUUUUCAACAAGUUCGGAAUUCAUCGUUCACAUCCGUAGUCAUUUCAUUACCGAUCGAGUUGGAAAUCUGGUGGGCGAAGAAAUGACCUCAACUGAUCUAUUCAAUCGCAAUUCCAUGGAUUGUGCUUCGGAAGAAUUAUGGACCUAAAACACACAAGAUGCAUCGUAAUUCACAGUUGGAUUGUUUUUUUCCUCUUUUUCCCACAAUACAAUAUGUGAAUGGAUUGACACGAUGAUUUUGCGCUGAUGAGAAAAACAGUUUUACUUGACGAUAAUGAUAAGAAUGUCAAUAUAUGUAAUGGAAAUGAUUUCAGAUAAAAGAAAGUAGAGACAAAGAAAAAAAAAUCAAAAUAAGAUUACUAAUUUUAAAUUGAUGGUCGAUUUUUUGACGACGCUAAAAUUCCGAAAUUUACAUUUACUUUUUGAUGUGAUCAACUCGUAGUUAUUUUUACUUGUUUCACUGAUAAUGUCACCACAUCUAUUUCACGUCGAUAGAAAUGAUUAGAGUCUAAGUCCAAUUAAAUUUGCUAAAUAUCCUUCUCUGUCAACUGAUGACGAUGACUUUUUAUUUUCGUUUGAUCAACGAAACACAUUCAUUAUUGAAACAAUGUCAUUCGCAUGGUUUUUUUUAUUGAAAAUAUAUAGCAAUGUGCUUACAGGAAAAUUUCAUGCAAACAUUUCAAUUUAAUCCAUUUUUUUUUUAUGAGAAAAAUGUGAAAUAAAAAAAGAGGAAAAACAAA